AGAUACAGAGUUAUCUCCCUUCUCGGGAGGUGGGAUUGAUUCCGGUAUUCAUCGUACAGCUCUUUACUUCUUGUUAAAUGAUGAAUUAUGAACAAGUUACUACGUGCAGAUAUAUUUGUCGUCAUCCUGUCAAUUAUCAGCAAUAGUGCGUAUGCAGGUUUAUCCAAGCCGAAUGUUCUGUUCAUUGCCGUUGAUGAUUUGCGACCAUCACUAGGUUGCUAUGGCAACAGUUUGAUGGUCACGCCUAACAUUGACAACCUGGCCAGUAAAUCAGUGUUGUUUAAUAACACGUUUGUACAGCAAGCUCUUUGUGGACCUAGCAGGACAUCAUUUUUGACCAGCCGACGACCUGACACAACCCGCCUGUACGACUUCUACUCCUACUGGCGUAAGGCAGCCGGCAACUUCACAACACUGCCGCAGCACUUCAAGCAGAAUGGCUACUUCACACAGUCUGUCGGCAAAGUGUUCCAUCCAGGUGUGUCAUCCGGCCACACCGACGACUACCCCUACAGCUGGUCCGUCCCCGCCUACCACCCCCCAACACAGGCAUACAAGAUGGCCAAGGUAUGUCCCGGACCCAAGGGGAAUGUGUACAUGGACAUCGUGUGUCCAGUGACGGUCAAGGACCAGCCUGGAGGAUCACUGCCGGACAUACAGAGUCGCGAAUUUGCUGUCAACUUUCUCAAGAACAUGUCAGCCAAUCACAGCCAGCCUUUCUUCCUGGCCGUGGGCUUCCACAAACCCCACAUACCGCUCAAGUACCCUAAGGAAUAUAGGGAUCUGUACCCUCUGAACAAGAUCCAGCUGGCCCGCCAUCACACAUUUCCCCUGCGGCUCCCCCUGGUGGCCUGGAACCCAUGGACGGACCUGAGGGAGAGGGACGACAUUCAGAGUCUCAACCUCAGCUUCCCGUUCGGACCAGUCACCGAGGAGUAUCAGCUGUUGAUGCGGCAGAGCUACUACGCGGCCACCAGCUACAUGGACAGCCAGGUGGGGCUGCUGCUUGAGGCUCUACACACACACGGCUUCUCCAACAACACCAUCGUGGUUCUAGUCGGAGACCAUGGUUGGUCCCUGGGAGAGCAUCAGGAAUGGUCCAAGUACAGUACCUUUGAGGUAUCGGUCCGUGUGCCACUCAUUAUCCAUGUUCCAGGGCUCACGGACAAAGACACAGACACAGACACCACCUUCCAGUACCAAGAUCCUUUAAAACAGGUCCACAAUAAUGAAAAUUACAACAGAUCAAAUCUUGUACAAACUCAACGUAAAAAAAUUGAUUCACAGAAAAAAAAUUAUGUCAAGGAAUAUUAUGUCAUCAGAUCUAAAGAUUUUUCACAACAGAAAUACAAAGUUUCAAACGACCUGAUAGAGUUAGUGGACCUGUUUCCGACAAUAUCGGAAUUGGCAGGACUGGAGGUGCCAUCAACAUGUCCGCCAAAUCCUUUCAAGAUUGACCUCUGUACUGAAGGAGCUAGUGCAGCAAAGAUCAUCCACAAUAUAAGUCACACUGAUUCAUCCAGACAGAAAACUCAACUGACAUGGAAGAGUGCUGUGUUUAGUCAGUACCCUCGUCCGUCAGUGGAGCCCCAAGAGAACAGCGACAAGCCCCACCUGAAGGACAUACGUAUCAUGGGGUACACGAUGAGGACGCAGCAGUAUCGAUACACUGAGUGGGUCCAGUUUGAUCCCGGGACGUUCCACAUGAACUGGUCUCGUGUGUAUGGGACAGAGCUGUACCUACGGGACUCCGACCCAGAUGAGGCUGAAAACAUGGCCUACUUUCCCUCGUAUGCCGAGCUGAGAUCAAGUCUGUCUCGGGUUCUUCAUGAAGGGUGGAGGAGUGUGUUACCAACAUGAUAUUGUUUGCAUUAUUUUGUUAUUUAUGAAUUAUGAAAUUUGCAAAAAAUAUUGUCUUUGCUAAAAUUAUGAAAUUUAUUGAACACUAGUUAAAAUAAAUCUGAUGUUGAGCAGGGCUUCUGCUCUACAGUUCUUAGAACUGGGACUGUUUUAAGUCUUAAGUAUGGGAUUGCUAAGAUUGCUUGGUUGAAUUGGGCUUGUUACAAUAAAGUCUUAGUUAAGUAUGGGAUCACUAAGAUUGCUUGGUUGAAUUGGGCUUGUUACAAUAAAGUCUUAGUUAAGUAUGGGAUCACUAAGAUUGCUUGGUUGAAUGGGGCUUGUUACAAUAAUGUCUUAGUUAAGUAUGGGAUCGCUAAGAUUGCUUGGUUGAUAGGGUUUUGUUACAAUAAAGUCUUAGUAAAGUUUGGGAUCUCUAAGAUUUUAAAACACUCACUCAUUUAUCACCAUUCUCCUGAUUGGCUAGAAAUGCACCAAACCAUCAUUUGUCUCAUUUGUGACCCAUUUUGUUGAUUUAUAUACAUAUAAUCAUUAGUCCCAAUUUCUAGUUAUUUAUCGUUUGUCACCCUUCACCUCAUUGGCUUGGAAUGUACCAAACCAUCAUUUGUCACCUUUCACCUGAUUGGCUAGAAUGUACCAAACACCACAGUACAGUGGACAUUCACAUAAAUGCCUGUUAUUCUGAAUUAUGUAUUUAUUUAUUUAAGAAUGAUAAUGCUUGCAAUAAUUGUAUUGUUUUUAUCGAUUUAUAUACUUGAAUUCAAUCAUUAGUUUCUAAUUUCUAGUAAACUACGGUUAUAAUGAGCUCAAAGGGGCCACUAAUUUUUAUUCGUUAUACCCGUAGUUCAUUAUAAGCAUAUGUACUGCUAAGGGAUGGGACCAAAAAACAGUUUGUUAUAGCCAUCAGUUCGUUAUAAGCAUCUUUGUUAUAAUCAUAGUUUACUGUAUUUAUGAACACAGUUAAUUAUUGACACCAUCUAACCAUGACAUGUUUUGGAUUUUAUCUGCCUAUGAAAUAGGUCUGUGGUUUCUCUGAAACUAACUUACCCAGCUCUGAGAAAAAUGAACAAUCAUAUUUUUAUGAGAUUGUGAUAUCCAAUUGGCAAUAUGGAAUACCUUCAAUAUAUAUAUUAUCUUGCAUUUAAACCUUCUACCUGAUCAACUAUUUCUGUAUUUUAUGAAAUAAACUUUUCUCUGAAA